CCUUACCGCCAAAACUCGAAUUCUUUGUUGCUCGCUUUCACGAGUUUCGUUCAUCAAAAACACUCUAAAAAAGGUUUAGAGCAUUUCAAGGCAGAUAUGAUAGGAAUAGCAGAUGUGAUGAGGGGCGACGAUCGUUGUGAUCUGCACCCAAACAAAGACAACAAAAUCACGGUUGCAGUAGAGGGCAACAUUGGAAGUGGCAAGACAACAUUACUGAAAUACUUCAGGCAAAACUCUCUUGUUGAGGUUAUAGAAGAACCUGUAAAAAAAUGGCAAAACAUUGGAGGUCAAAAUCUUUUGAACUUGUUUUAUGAAGACUGUAAGAGAUGGAGCUACCUGUUUGAGUCCUAUUUUCUUCUCACCCUGAUGCAAGUGCACAAGAAACCUCAUACUAAGCCUAUCAAGAUGAUAGAAAGAAGUGUCUAUAGUGGUUACUACUGCUUUGAGAACAAUCUGUGUGUCAGUGGUUUGAUGACAGGCUUGGAGCAUAGUGCUCACAAUCACUGGUUUGACUGGAUUACAAAACAAGAAAAACCAGAUCUGGACUUGAUUAUUUAUUUGAGAACAAGUCCUGAAAAAUGCAUGGAAAGAGUCAAGAUGCGUCAUCGUGAUGAGGAGACUUCUGUUUCUAUGGACCUUUUGAAUGCUUUGCAUGAAAGACAUGAGUCUUGGCUGAUCAGAGAGGAACAUCCCUUACCAGCCCCAGUAUUGGUUGUUGAUGGGAACAAAACUUUAGAUGAGAUGUACAAAUACUAUGACACAAACUGUGACAGUCUUCUUGGCAUCAACCCUAUUUAUCAGUCUCCCCAAGGUCUCAAGGUUCAGUGAAGUUUACUACUGUACAAAAAAAUGAUCAAUAUGUAAAAUAACAGAUGAUCACCCAGGACUGAAAUAUAAAAUAUUGGUAUUCUGCUUGGCAUAUAUCCCUUGUUAUCAGUCACACUAGGUACAGCCUCUUUCAAAGUGUCUAACACAUGUACUCAUUAAAGAAUUCCCAUAAAUGCAUGUUGGAUGGCUCUGGUAGAUUGCAUGGGAGUACAUAAUAAAUGGCUAAAAUUGAAAGGAAAACAGAAAGAAAGGGAAAAAAAUAUUCAUGUACCUUUUUAGGUCUAAAAGUGGAACACUAUUGUCAAAAUCUAUAUAUUUUAUUGUAAAAAGCAUGUUAUAUUCAAUUCCCUCAAUAAA